AUGACACCAACGAGCAGUCUCGGCUUAACCUUUGGAGGACCUACACCCACGCAUGUAUUGCUCGUGUUAAGCGAGCCCAGCUUGGGUGCAAUCUUCCGCCAGGCGCUGUCUCAGGCCCCUGUACCGAGCGUGCUACACCUCGCCAGCACACUCGAGAUGUGGGCCGUCAUCGAGCAAAUAAAAAAGGCAGCCGGCCGACCCUCGGGCCCAGACAUAGUCUUUUUCCAGCCUGAAGUCCUGAUGGCCAACCCGGGUACGGUGCUGCGGCUGAAGCAAGCGUGCGGCGCCAAUUGCACUGCGGUAGUGCUCCAGGGAAGCGAGGCCAUUGCCCGAGCACUGCAAGCAGACGACUUCCUGGGGGCCCCCACGCCUUCACAACCCCUGCGCAAGGAGGACCUGGCGCUGAUGAUUCUUAGGUGGUGUGGAGGCCGGCAGAAGGCCAGUGGCAGCAGCUCCACCGCAUCCAGUGCCCUAUCUGCCGGUACUGCCUCAGUGGCCAGCGGCCCCACAACGACGACGGCAAUGCCCAGCACCCUGGGCUCCACGCCGUCCGCAGUAUCUCUGCCCAGCACUACCUUGUCUCCCGUUUUGUCCGCCCAGAUAUCCCAGCUCCAGGCGCUGCAGGCGAAGCAGCAGACAAAGCAAAGGGAGCAGAAGUCACCCGGCGGCGCUGCUGCUCUGGCCGCAAUGCAGCUUCGUAGCAGCGGGACUGAGAUUGAACCGGCAUUGGGGCACGGCGUCUCGCCGCCGCGCCGUCCCCCGCCUCUGCGCCUAGCGAGUGCGGGGAUCGUGCCGUCGGAUGUGCAGCCGGAGUUGGAGCGCAGCUUGGCGCGCGCCACCGUUCCCAUGGCCCAUGCAAGUGCCAACGGCAACUUCAGCACUGGCGCCACAGACGUCAGCGACCUGGUGGCGCAGGUUGCGGAGUUGCGCCGCAAGCUUCAGAAUAAGUCGCGGGCGGGCCCUUUGCAGUCCCCGACGGGCGCGGGUGGAAGCAAAGGGGCCCCCGUGGCCCUGUCUCCAGCUAGCAGCUUGAGUGGGUACAUGCACGGCGCCAGCGGGACUCUGGCGGGGAUGCUGAGCAGCGGCGGGGCAGGGCUGGGUGGUGCGGCCGCCUUGGGGCCAUCGCUCAGCCAACAGCUGCCGCCGCAACCAUCCUCUCACCAGGACUUGCAGCUUCAGCUGCAGAGUCUGCAAGCAAAGCAGCAGUCAAUGCUGCAGAAUUUUGCGGCCUACGAUGGCGGUGGCCGUCGCAGUAGUUGGGAAGCAAGCAGUGGAAACGACGGUGACGGCAUGACGCAACAGGUCUCUUUGCCGGGCGCCGCAGCUACGCCUGGCCUGGCGACAGCCAGCUCGGCAAACCGCACUAGGCGACCGAACGGGGCGCCGCCGCUGCAGACCUCCGGUAGCCUGGUACGGCCGGCCGGGGCAGCCGCCGCCGCCGCGGUGGUGCACAGCCUCACGGGGCCACGUCCGCCGUCACCUGUGCCUUCGCCAUCGCCCGCGUCACAGCUUGCCAACAUCCAACUGCAGCAACAGCUCUUGCAACUCCAGCAGCUACAGCUGCAGCUACAGCAGCAGCAGCAGCGCAUCGUGUUGAGAGCCUCGGCGCCGGCAUCCUCUUUGACCAUGGAACCCCUGCCACCCGGACCCGGAGGCAGGUUGUCAAGCACCAGCCCGAAUGGUAGCCAAACCAGCAACAUCGGAAGCCCGCUCCCUAGCCCCGGCAGCGCCCCUGGCCCACUCCAGACUAGCGUCUCCACACCGGGCAGUGACAGCGGCUCGGUAUCGCGCUCCAAUUCCUUCGUGGCCGCUGGCGGAACCCGGUACCGUCCACCGCGGGCGCGCUCGCCGUCUCCACUCGGCGGCGCUACCGGCGCCGGCGCCGGCCACAUGAGUGACACGUACCCGGGUCUGGGAGCCUCGCGCUUUGCAUCGCUGCAGCUCCGGAGCGGCAGCGGCAGCGGCGCCAAUGGUGCCGCGGCCAACGGCAGCACCGGCGGCAGCCGGCACGGUGUCGGUAACAACAGCGGGCACACCAGCGACAGCGGCACCAGCCCGGACCUGGGCGCCAGCGCGCGCAACAGCAUGCGCAGCGUCAGUACGACACUGGCGAGCAAAUCUGGAGACGACGCCAUCGCAGCGGCGCUCAGUGUUGCCUCAGUUGAGGCUGAUGGAGAGGCUGACUCGCCCGCUAGCAAAGCCGAAGACGCCGCCGCCUCCGUAUCCGCAGCAGCCGGCGGGCCCAGUUCCCUAUCGGAUGCGCUGCAAAAUAUGGAGCCAACGGGCGACGGCGGCAGUAGCACCGAUGGGCGCAGUCUCAUGGACGCUUCCUUUGCGCUGGAGGACUCGGGGGCGGGCGGCCGCGGCAGCAUCAGCGGUGGCGUUGCAUCUUCCAUCGACCUCCAGCCCAGGCCCAGCAGCAGCCCAGGUCCGACGGGAUCGGGAUCGCCGCAGCAGCAGCCAGCCCAAGAGCGUCAGCUCCACCAUUCAAAUCAUGGGCGCUUGGCGCUGGGCUCCCAUCGGCUAUCGGCCACCUCGGUUCAGACAGAGUCAGCAGAGGAAGGCGACCAGCCGCUGCACGCCCAAGCCGUUUCCGCUCGUCAGGCCGUCCAAGUCGCCAAGCCCUCGGCUGCCGGGAGCUCCGUUGACCUCGCCAACGGGCCCAGCAGCAAGGAACGUAAAGGUACAACAGCCUUCGCAACAGCGGCCAUUGCAGCGGCGGCAGUGGUGUAUUUGGACGCCGCAGUGGAGCAGUCCGCGCAGAGCCGGUCACCGCAGGAGGCUCAGUCGGCGGUCGCAGGAGGCAAAGCGAACGUGCCUGGCUCGCGUUCCGGCUCUGACGGAGUUGUACGGAUCCAGGGCUCCUCCAUCGGCAGGGUCGACCCACGGGUCGGCUUCUCUGAGGACAUGGUUCGUUUGGCAUCACCGGGGGGAAGCGGUGAAGUUCAGAUCCCGCCACCGCCAUCGGUGAUGUCUGUGCAACCAUCCAGCAGCAAAGGAAGUGGCAGGGAAGGCGGCAGCGGCAGGGGGAGCGUGGGGGCCCCGGCAGCAGUAGCAGCGCUGCCUCAAGCUACAAGCCAGGCGGCCAGGCUCCCACGGACCGACAGCCAAGGCGAGGACCGCUUGCCGUCCAUUGACGGCUCGCAGCCACUUACUGCCGCUGUCACACGGAGCGGCGGCGGCAGUAGUACAGCAGCCAUCGGCAACGGCAGUUGCAGCCUCCGUCGCCAGGCCAGCGCCCGCAGCACAGAUGUUGAUGGCCGCCGUGCUGGCAGGGCGUCCUCAAGCGCCCAGACGGGGGUUGUGUACAGCGACAGCCCAUCCACAGACGAUAGCGGCAAAUCCGCCCGUGAUGGCAACAUUGCCACCUCGGAGCUGCGGGACCGAUCUUCCACUCGCAGCAGCGCUCCGGCCGGCAUGCAUGAGACACAUCAACCGAACGACGGGCCAAGCCUAGUUGCUAGCAUCGAGGGAUCCAUUACUGCAGGCCUAGCUCGCACUGCUAGCCACGGUGCUGGGCAGCGUGAGCCGCCGCUGCCCUCCUCCGCAAGCAGGGGACGCUCUGUCACGACUACGGUGGAUGCCAGCUGCUAUACAGAUGACAUCUUUGCGGCGCUGCAAGCGCAUGAGCGGACGGAGAUGGUCACGCCGGCGCGGCUAGUUGGCGGGGAGCCCCAACCGCUACAGUUACAACCGCCAUCGCGGCCACCGACACCACCAGCACGGCGCGCGGCGCGCAUCUUGCUAUGCUCGCAUCCGAUCGUCAUCACGCGUGAGGAUUUUCUACCAUUUUGA